AUGGUUGUAGGGGCGAAGAUAUCCAUGCAACAUGUGCCCAGCAAAGGAAGGAUCUCCAUCAUGAGGAUACAGAACUUCACAGUUAGGAAACGACAGUCGGUGAUCAAGAUCCUGUACGGAACCUUGCUGGUGGUGGUUGGUGUGGUCAUGCUGGCCAUCAACCCUCUGCAACUGGUCACCAACUGGAUCUUCGAGAUAAAGGAAGGUUCGUUCCUAUACAAUAUGUGGGAACAGCCUCCCUACAAGCUCUACGCAGAGGUGUGGGUGUACAACUACACGAAUGUUGAGGAAUACUUGAGUGGGGAAGACACCGUCAUGAAGGUGAAGGAAGUGGGACCGUUUUUGUACCAGGAGUUCCGAACCAACCAAAACAUCACCAUAGACAAGGAGCGCGGGGUGAUGAGCCUCACUCCACACAUCGCGCUGAAGUUCCAGAAGAACUUGUCCCUGGCUGACACCAACGAUGUCCACAUCUACGCCCCGAAUAUUGCGUUACUGGCAAUCAGCACCCUCCUAGCCGACAAGCUGGGGUACCUGGCUAAUGCAGGGGCCUACUACUCCAUCAACGCUCUCGGCUCCAAGCUCUUCAGGAACCUGACGGUGGAGGAACUUCUGUGGGGGUACGAGGACCCCAUCGUGACGGUUGCCAACAGCCUGCUUCCUGGCUGGAUCGACUUCCAGAAGAUCGGCAUUCUGGACAGGUUCUACGCAAACAAGGACGAGGUAGCUGAAGUAGAGAUUGGUGACGUCAGCAAUAAAUUCUCCAUCAUCAACUGGAACGAAUCACCAGGCAUCGUGGAACAAGGAUUCACAGAUUUGAAUACGAGCAUCCCUUGUAACCGCGUGCAAGGGACCUACGAGGGCCUGAUGCUGUCCCCCAACUACCCGAAGGACCGCGUCAUCAACAUCUUCAGGAGGCAAGCCUGCAGGAUCUACCCGUUCGCGUUCUACAAGGAAGUCAAUGACAAAUAUGGAUUUAAUUACUACAGGUUCAGGAUGGAGCAGUCAGCUUUCAACACCUCCUCCCCCUACGCUUGUAAGUGCAAGGAGAACUGUCUCCCCGAUGGCUUCGUCGACGUGUCGAAUUGUUACUAUGGAUUCCCUAUUGCACUAUCGAAGCCCCACUUCCUGGACACAGACCCUCAGCAAAAGAGUUACUAUGAGGGCAUGAAUCCUGAUCCUGAAAUACAUAGCUCUGUCUUGGACAUGGAACCGACUCUGGGAGUGCCUCUGGCAUUAUCAUCAAAGAUGCAGGUGAAUUUAGCAGUCAGGACUUCCUCUGGGAACCCAAUUACCAGGCCAUUCAAGAACAAAGUGGUUCCUAUGCUUUGGCUUUCUUUGUACUGUAAGGAACCUCCCCCACCAGUUUUAACGCUCUUACAACUGCGUCUCGUCAUCGCCCCACCCCUGAUCAUCACAAUCGAAGUUCUUCUGUUCCUAGUCGGGGCCUACCUUGGCAUCCACGGCUUCUAUAGAACAUGUAGGCCACAGUACACCUUCAUUGAAGAUGGAGACAAGAAGAAAAGCGUUGGGAAUGUUGCGGUUUCCAAUGUUGCUGAGAACGCAACAUUUGAAGACGAUGUUUUGGCAAAAGAAGCAGUGUCUUUAUUAUCAAUCAGGGAAGAAGAGGACUUACCGAACCUUAUUAUUGAUACGUGAUGUGACAGCAAAUAACGUGUUUAUGUGACGGUUAUAAAACUUUGAAUCAAAAAAUUGCAGUGCUCAAAUAUUUUUAAUCGGGGUUUUAAAAUUCUUUUUAAAAGGUGAUUUCAUCUUGCCAAUUAGGUACGCGCUGUUUUGGUUAAAAAUGCUUUAUUAUUAAGACAUUGGUGUGGAGGGUUCAGAUAAAAGAUAAUUUUGGGAAAAUAUUAGAUAUUAAAAAUACGUUAAUUUCGUUAGUGGAUUUGUACAAUAUCGAUCAAUUUUGCAUUUAUUUGAUAAUAUUUCGAUCACCAUGAUUUAAAAUUAUUACGAAAUUCAUCAAAAUUUAAGUUACCAUUGUUUAUUUAUGAAAAUAAGUAGUAAUUGGGGAAUAUAAUAAAAGAGGGGUUAAAUGGUGUUAUAAAAAUAAUUUUAUGCGUUAAAACUAAGACUUCUUGAUAAUAUUCUAAAAUGUACUUAUUAGUAAAGAUAGAAUAACGUGAGACUUAUAUUUUAUUGACUAUUGCCAUGAUAAGUUAUUAUUUUAGAUUAUUAUAAUGUAAUGUAAAAAGAUACUAGAUCAAGGUAGACAAACAUAAUAAUUGAGUAAUCUUGGUGGCAAUAUUAUUAUAAGUCAUACAUAACUAUUCCAUUAUAAUUUUUAUAUUUUUGUAUUUAUUACUUUGUUUUACAGAAAUUAUCCGUAGAAUCUUCAGUUGUAUGAAGAUAGUUAGGGGAAGGUAUUUUUAUUUAAGUACUUUGUAAAUCAAAAUUAAAUG